CUUCGCUGCCCCUUCUCCAGCUCACAUUGAAAGCCUUCGCCCAUGCUGUCCCGUGCCAUCGUUGAUCAGUCUGGCCCGCGCCCCUACUACGAUCCCUUCCUCCUCCGUCCGCAAUUCCUCCAGUCCCUCUCCGCCCGGCAAGUCGUUGACACCUAUCUCGACAAUGUCUUUUCUGGUCGAAUGGAUCGUUCGAUAUUGAUCCAUUGGGCCAAGGUCAGAGUAUACAAUGUGAGACGGACGCCGACAGGGAUAAUGGAGAAGCCAGUGAUAGUGAUGGACCCCGAGACGGGCAAGCCCGAGGCCGAAAGCGUGACGGCCGUCCUAGAGUACCACCGACAAGUCAAAGCGUGGAAUGGUGCUCUUCUCUGUGACAUGAUCCACGAGCUGGAGCUCCUGGCUCAUGAUGUGGCGGAGCAGAGGGGAAUGCUCGAAGAUCUUAAACCCGUGGAACCAUUUUGCUAUCACCUUUAUUAUGGACGAGAUGCUCCACAAGCCAACAGUCCGCCAUUGCUAAGCAAAUUCGGUACCAGCCUCUUCGAGAUUGUUCCAUACUUUGGCUUCUCCGACCCAAGCCCCGGUACGCCACGUACUACCACUCCCGAAGAGCAAUACCCAAUUACACCCAGCACCCCCGCUACUGCUUUGCCUGGCGCUUCUCCUGAUGUCGGCGGGCAGGGCGAGAAGAGUGUCAAGAGCGAAGAAGCAGACAGAGUCGAGCGUUGGCCCCGACCGCUCAUCUCGAGGUAGAGGCAAGAGAGGCAGAGGCAGACCGCGUUCCAACGAUAUCACCCGCUACCCCAGACCCCCGCGCUCUUCACCCAGACUGGCCGAACAUGCCCAAGGUCUUCAACUCCAGCUCGGCUCUGUGUCUGCCCUCGAGGGUGGAGAGGAUUCACCCCUUGCUACCGUCACGCGUACGAGCCCCCGUCAGCAAACGCAUCUCGAUGUACCCCCCCACCGCGCUGGGGAGGGCACAAAUGCACGAUACCAUCCAUACAGCCAGCCCUCGACGCCAUUCACCAGCACCUUCCCGUCCACCUCUACCCCCUCCCGAUUCACCCACUCCAAAGCUCCCCAAACACCAAACACCCCCUCCACCCCCUCCCUCUCCCACUCCCACUCCAACUCUCCCACCACCCCCGGUUCCCUCGUCCGGCGCCAAGGCCUGGAUCAAGGUUAUUGUUUGGAAGAGGCGAAGGGGUUGAGGGAUGAAGUUUCGCCGAUCAAGAGUUCUGGGUCGCCUGGGUCUGGG